AUGAAGCUCGUCAGAUUCCUGAUGAAAUGCGCCAACGAAACGGUCACAAUCGAACUUAAAAAUGGCACCAUUGUCCAUGGCACCAUUAUGUCCGUCUCGCCUCAAAUGAACACGGCUUUGAGGACAGUCAAGAUGACACACAAGGGCCAAGAACCCAUGUCCCUUGAUACCAUGAACAUCCGCGGGUCGACCAUCCGCUAUUUCAUCCUCCCGGACUCUCUACCGCUCGAUACCUUACUCAUCGACGAUGCGCCGAAACCGAAAAACAAGGCAAGGAAGGAGGCGGAUCGGGGUCGCGGAGGGCGCGGUGGAGGUCGCGGACGGGGUCGGGGCAGAGGACGUGGCCGUGGAAGAGGCUAG